AUGUGAGGUCCCGAAAUGGAUGAUUUAGAUCACAGCAUGUACAUUGCAGAAUAUGACUGGACGAGCUUCUGUGAGGAGAGUGAGGAGUGUGUCCUGCUGCAGCCUUCGCUCGCCUGCCUUGACAGCUCAGGCCUCAGCGAUUCAGAGGAUUCAGGAAACUUAAGUUCAGUCCUCAGCACAGGUCAACAGGAGUCACAGCAGAGUGAUGAAGCCGAAAGCAACAUAGCAGAACACUGCAUCGAAGGGGUGCAGAUUAAUCAGAGUGGUUCAGGAGGAGAACGAAAUGAUCUUAUAACAAAAGCUGAAGAGGACAGUGAGAUAUGCUUCGAUUAUCCUGGAGGAAAUGCCAUCAACGCUGAGGGUGUGCACGUGAGGACUGCAGGGCAUGUCACAGAGGGGUCAAAUAAAGACAUCACAUCCCUGCUGCAAACUGAGCAACUAAAUGUCAAGACUUCAGAUGGAGAAUCAGCAGAGCUGAAAAAAGUUGGAUACAUGCAAAUGGGGAGUGACUCUUCAUCCAUACAUGAACCUGACCCACUUUCAUGCAGGCGAACAGAACUGAAUGUAAGUGAGCUACAGUCUACAGACGGAGCUGUCAGCGAGGAUGUGAGCGGUGUUGCUUUAAGAGCAGAGAAAGAGCGCUGGUUCGUGACAGUCAGUGACAGUCCUGCACGACAGCGAGCGCGUGUCACGUCUGUGAAAAAAAAACAAAGACAAAAAAAAACUUGUAAGAACAAUCGCACAUGCCAAACGAAAUCAUGUGCAACUGACUUGGAAGUAGCGAUAACUAAUGAAUCUGAGGGAGGGAGGCACACAGAGAGUGUCACACAAUCAAAUCAAAACUCAAGAGGCAAUCCAAGUGCUGAGGAAAAUCCUGAGAGCGUUCAGGUGGGAGUCACUUCACAUUUAUCCCAGAUGUCUUCAACGCCUGGUGAAGAGGACAAUUUGUCAGACAAACUACUAACGUCUCAUAUCGCUGAGCCAACAGAGAGAAAUAAACAUGAAGCAAGCAGCUCAGCAUUCACAUCCCAUGACACAUUUACAGCCAAAGAUUUGGAUUCUGACGGUUUGGAGUCUGACGAGCUUGGAGACAGUGUUGAGUUCCUCUCCAUUCACAGUUACGAUUCUGAAAGCUAUCUGUCAGCUUCUGAAUCAGUGGAGGACUCGCAGCAUUUUCUCAUGCAAAGCCAACAAUUGCAGAGCUCAUCAUUUCUGACACAAAAGAGCUGUCUGACUGAGAAUACUGAUGCAGAUGAUACACCGGACAGAGAAAUGCAUUCUUGUCACAACACUCUCUCUUGCAUUGUAACAGAUACUUACUCUGAGGCUUAUGAAAGCACCAACGUUGUGAAGGCACCCACACUGACUUUUCCAUCUGCUGCCCAAAGUGCUGACAAAAUGCCAGAUGCCGACUCCACAUGUGAUUACGACACACACUGCACGCAACUCCGCAUGCCCUCAGAUACACAUGGACUCCAGAAACAUGAAAUUAAUCUCUCAGCCUCUGGUUGCUCUUCAUUAGAUCAGCUUAGUCCGCCCCCUGUUCCUGACGUGACCGUAACACCUUGCUCCGUGGCCGACAGCCCUGAAACAUAUGCCUUAGCUGCAGGCCACACUCGACCUGUGUAUGCUAUUUCUGCUUUUUGGGAUGAAAUGGAAAAACUGACAAUAAAUGACAUUUUGCAGCUCAGGAUGGGCAGAAGCACACCUCCCAGGGACAAACAAGAAACUGUGUCACCAAAUGUAGAUGAUUUCCCAACAAAUCACAACUCUUUGGUCGACGCUCUGGAUUAUAAUUUGUCUGACGGCGCUCUCAUAGAUACGUCCGACACUGCUGACUCAGACUAUUUCACGCAGCCUGACGAAUCCAAAGCAGAUCGCUCGAGCUGCGAGUUUUCCACCUCCGAUUUUGAGGAAGAGUACUGGCAGUUUCUUGGUGCCAGUAGGAAUCCCAGUCCUGAUCCUCAGUGCAAAAAUCAAAAACAUGAGGAAGAGGAGUCCACAGCCUCUGAAGGAAAGGAGACACCUGUACCUUCAGAGGACUUUGCAGGGAAAGAUUUUGAGGACUCAGAUGCUUUCGCUUCAAGUGAACUUAUGUGGCCAAGACAGAUCACAAAAAGCAAAAGCGUGAGCAAUGUACACGCUCUCAACACAAAGGAUGCAUCUUCGCUUGGUAAUGAUGAGAGCAGUCUGUUCCUCAGCAGUUGUCCAUCACUGGAGGAGAACACGCUUUUAAAAGGGAAUGGCAGCCUGGGAAAACUAACACCUGCAGCUCUUCUAUCCAAAACAGACAUACUGGAGGAGCAUACUCAAAUAUCCUUCCCUGAAAUGUUUGAAUGCUUUAUCACAGAAAAUGAAGCAAAAAGAGACACCAGGUGUGUUGCUGUCUGUGAUCCAGAGAACAUCUCAGUGGCUCCUUUGUUUGACUACACUGUCUGUACAAUCAGGGACGAAGCAUCACUCUCUUUCCUCUGUGAUUCCAAAUGCAGUGAGGAGAAACCCAUCCCCAUUUUCUCUUGUUCUCAUCCUACUGUCAGAGAACUUACAUUCCCAAACUAUGUUUUCUUGAGUGCAGACUGCAAGGAGGUGGAUGGCAUCUCUCCACUCAGAGUUGCGUCUCACUCUUUCAUCCAGGCUAAUGAUUAUGGGAUGUCUGCGGCAGCCCCACGGGGAUUUCACAGCUGGAAAAGUUUGCUGCCAAUAAGGAAGAUUUGCUUCCAUGACAAAGGUAGCAUCCGGUGCAGAGGGUCUGGAGUGUGGGUGUUUCCAGCUCAAGCCGAGAAAAUUAUCAUCAAGACAGCAGAUCCACCAGUAACCAUGAUCACUGAGAAGAGCGUCUCUUCAAGUCCUUCACAGUUGUGUAAAGAGCUUGCAGUGCAGCAAAGGAUUUUGGAGACCAUGCAGACAAGACCAGAGGGCAUCUUCUCCACACUGAAGCAGUCAGAUAUGUGUUUGGUCUGCAUUGCUUUUGCCUCCUGGGUAUUAAGGUCUUCUGAUCCAGAGGCUGAUGAUGCCUGGAAAGCAGCUCUGCUGGCAAACGUCAGUGCACUAUCGGCUAUCCAAUACCUGCGGCAGUUUGUGAAGAAGAAGAAUCCUUCUCAAGAUGAUCCCUGAUGUCAUUGUCCCUGAAGUCAUUUCCAAACAUUUGCACUUGGGUCCAGAAACAUGAUGUUAUAGGUUCUUUUCAGUCUGAAACUUGGACAUUUUUAGUGGGAAGACAGGUCUGCAGAUACAGUAAAAUAUGUUUCUUGUUACAUUACAAGACACAAACCAACAAUGGCUUGAUCUAAUAACAAGCAUCGUCUCUGUAACCAAAGCCUAAUAUAAUUUAAUUCUGUGUGUAAUAUAUACUGUCUUGAUAAUUAGGAUUUUUAGAGCAUAAAAUUAAAUUUAGACUGCAAAAACAAGGACUAAAAAUUGAAUUUCAAAGGUAGGUUUCAGGAUUCAGUACAGGAAUAAUGUAAAAUUUGUUCCAUUUGUAGGCUGGCUAUAUAACACAAAAAUGUACAUACUCAGAGACAGGUGCUCUGGACAAGAGUUUGUCAUCCUAAAAGUCUGAGUUACAUUUUAUAAAAUCUGGAGUUCCCCAUUUAUUAAUAUUAUUACAUGAGACCUGAUUUACGUGUUAAAUGGGAACAAACUGGCUUGAGGUUGAGAGCUCCAGACAACAUCAGGAGACUAUUGAGUACUGAGAGACAGACUAACCCAGCUUCGGUUUUGGUCUUUUUAUGGGAUUUGUUAACAAUAACAAAAAUGGAGCAUAUCACCCGUCUCAUCCUUUAAACAUGAAAACAUUUCAGCUGCAUUUUAACCUUUUAAUGAUAAUAAUAAUCAUAAUCAUAAUAAUUUUCAGUCCUGGGUAAACUGAUGUUAAUAUAUGGACCAUUCUGUACGUACAGACCUCACACUUUUUAACACUUGCUGUUUGCAAAUGUCCUGCUGGGCCUAAAACAUUGCUUUGUAUGUUAUACAUACAACAUACAAAGUUGUAAUGUUUAUGUAAAGCAUCUUUGUAGAGGAUGAAAGUGGAUGGAAACCUGUGAGGAAGUUGGAGUUAUUGGUCUGGUUAGUAUGUAUGCUGUAAGGAAAGAUUCAGUAGGUGACUGCGUGGGCUGUGUAUGAUGGGUAAGCAUCGUCCAAACAGUGGUUCCCAAACUUUUUGGCUUUGUGCUUAAUACGAAGCCAUAUGUACAAGUGACCUCUCAUCACAGGCUGCAUGAGCUGUCAGCACUUCUGAGUGAUUUUCCAGAGCAAGGAAAAAUCAAAGAUUAGAGAUGACUCCAAAAAAGUGUAGUACAUUUAUAGGUUUUUUUUUUCAUCUUGGUAAAAAACUUGUGACUCUUUAGAUUCAUCUCACAACCUCCAUGUUGGGAACCACUGGUCUGAAGCGCUUUAGUAAAAAGGCCAGUGCAUCUGCUGUGAUGCAAAAACAAGACUACAUAUAACCACAUUUAAUAAGAUAUAGCUAAGUAGUAGCUUUGCCGAUAUACAUAUGCAAAACAAUACAACUGACAUAUCCGCUUGUCUGUUCUGGUCUGUUGUUGCCACUGUUGUAUUUUGUGUAAAGAUCUACAAGCAAAUGGCUGUUGUCAGGACACUUGCUGUCAAACGAGACAAACAAUACAUAUUAUUCUACAUGUAUGACAGAUUUUGGGCAAUAAUACAAUAAAACCAUGUGUAUCCCA